AUAAAAUAGAAAUUGUCAUUUGACCGGUUUCCCUUCAUCACGCUGUUCCUGUGUUGUACGGUACAACCCUGGUUUACCCACCAUGGGCCCCACCAUACCCUUCCUCACCCCCUCUGUUCCACCAUUAAUGUGCUCUCAAUAUGUUCUCUUCGUAGAGUAUUAAACAAACGAUUCAUUUUUAGCAUAAUUCGGUAGAGCUGCUGCGAUUGAGAUUGUGCUUGCAGAAGCCUUGAAAGGCGAAAUUAAACACACCAAUUAAUGGCUGCUUGUGGAUUUUAUCGUCAUGGGUUUCUGAAUUGAAAUCUGGAUAUCGCCUCUGCACAUUUUCCCAGAUUUUUUUUGGCCCCCAUUUAUUGCAGCAGCUCGAUUCUCAUUUUCUCCGCUUAAAAUCUAGCAGCUGUUGUCUGGAGGACACAUACACUCUGCUAUGGCAAGUGCAGCGGCGAUGGUGAUUGUACCGUUGGGCGUGCUGUUCUUUAUAUCUGGACUCGUCGUUAAUUUUAUCCAGGCCGUGUGUUUUCUGCUGAUAAGGCCGUUUUCAAAGAGCACAUAUAGGAGGAUAAACAGGGAGGUGACCGAACUUUUGUGGCUGGAGCUCGUGUGGCUUGUCGAUUGGUGGGCUGGUGUGAAGAUUGAAUUGUUUGGUGACUCUGAAGCCUUUAAAUUAAUGGGUAAAGAACAUGCACUUGUCAUAUGUAACCACAAAAGUGACAUUGAUUGGCUCGUCGGAUGGAUUUUGGCUCAGAGAUCGGGUUGCCUUGGUAGCUCGUUAGCUGUUAUGAAGAAAUCAUCAAAAUUUCUUCCUGUGAUUGGAUGGUCCAUGUGGUUUUCUGAAUAUCUCUUUCUCGAAAGAAACUGGGCAAAAGAUGAAAGCACCUUGAAGUCAGGACUUCAACGGCUAAGGGAUUUCCCUCGACCAUUUUGGCUGGCGCUUUUCGUCGAGGGUACUCGUUUUACGCAGGCAAAACUUUUAGCUGCUCAGGAAUAUGCAUCCUCAACGGGGUUACCUGUUCCAAGGAAUGUUUUGAUUCCUCGUACUAAGGGUUUUGUUACUGCAGUAAGUCAAAUGCGCCCAUUUGUUCCUGCUGUGUAUGAUUUUACCAUUGCUAUUCCCAAAACGUCUCCUGCGCCUACCAUACUACGGAUCUUUAAUGGCCAAUCUUCUGUGGUGCAUAUCCACCUUAAGAGACACUUAAUGAAGGAUUUGCCGGAAUCAGAUGAUGCAGUUGCUAAGUGGUGUAAGGAUGCGUUUGUUGCCAAGGACAAAUUAUUAGACAAGCACAAUGCUGAGAAUUCUUUUGGCGAGGAACGGCAGAACACUGGUCGGCCUGUGAAGUCCCUUCUGGUUGUAUGUUCUUGGGCAAUUCUGCUGGUUUUGGCUGUGAUGAAAGUUAUCCAGCAUUUCUCGAUUUUCUCCUCGUGGAAAGGGGUCGCCUUUUCAGCCAUUGUUUUGGUAGUCGUCACUUUCCUCAUGCAAAUCUUGAUUCAAUUCUCGCAGUCCGAGCGUUCGACUCCAGCCAAGGUGGCGCCUUCGAAACCUAGGAAUGGUGUGGGCCCACCUGAGACCGCGCAAGAUCAACAGCAGUAGGUCGCGAACUGUAUUCUUAGGUAACAGCAAUGGGAAUCAGUUGGCUUUGUUUGUCCGUUCGUAUCAGUUCAAUUUUUGGUUGAUGCUAUUUGAGUAUCGUUGUUAGUGACCUGUGAUGUUCGUUUGUAUCGGGACUUUACGGACAAUGAUGUAUGCAAUUCCCUUGUAUUGAGAAAGAAUUGGACUGUCGAUUCGGGGUGUCGAUUGGAUAUAGUUUCAUUGGUAUUUUUUAUUUUUUUUUUUUGGCCCGAGAAAUGUUUUCUGAUGGUAGGAUAUAGCUUCAUUGGUAUUUUUUAUUUUUUACGGACUGUCGAGUGGAUGUUUUUGAAUCCUUCAACACCAGUCGGUUGGACUGGUAGGAUCGAUUUUCUAAAUAAAUUUUGUUAUAUUUAAAAUUAUUUUAAAUAAAAUUACAUAUUUAAAUAAAAUAGAGAUUUAUAAAUUAUUUAUCAAUUAGUUUAAACAUUUGAAUUUAUAAAUUGUUUAGAUAUCUAAGUAACACAUUUUAUUUAAAUUUAUUACAAAAAGUACUAUAUAUAUAUAUAUUAAAAUGUUUAUAAAUUAAAAUAUAAACAAA